AACCCACAAGUCACAGCACAUUACAACACACAACAAAAACACACAAACGAUCUCUUCGUUUGCUUUCUCAAGAAUAUUUACCAAUGGAGGCAAUGAAGAUGAAAAUCUUUGAGGCUGUCUUGGUGGCAAUGAUGGCUUUCUCUGCCGUGCAACAGGCUGCCGCCGUGGAGGCUCCAGCGCCGAGCCCUACCUCUGAUGCUUCCUUGUAUAUUCCUGCUUUUGUCGCCACCGUAGCAACUCUUGCGUUUGGUUUUCUUUUCUAAGCAAAUUUGUUUUUGAGUUUUUAGUUUGUGUAGAAAUCAUAUUCUUGAUUUCAUAUUUAUUUGUCACUCUUAUGUAUUGUUUAAGACUUGCCACAUCCGAAUAUCAAUAACAUCUCUAUCACUUUCUUUGUAUGAUUAUUUACC